UAACUGCACGGCUCUGGAGAAAAUAAACUGAAAUACAGAGAAUAUUAUCAGGGAACUAGUUCUCACCGCGGAGGAAGCAGGACAUGCCCGGGUUUUGUUUACAUCUCGAUGGUUUGCUUUAUUCGUCACUGUUUGUGUUUUCGGGCUGUUUUGUUAGGAGUUGGAGUUUGGAGUUUAUUUCGGUCUUAAUGGGAUUAUUUUUGUUGUUUGGUGAUGUAAAACAUAGAAGAGAGUUACAGAAGGAGUGUAAUCUUGUAAUGUCUGCAUGAUUCUGGCCAUCUGUAGUUCAACUACCGCUUCGUCAGGACUCUUCUGUGAUUCCUGGUAUAAACAGCGCAGUGAACAAGUAUUUGUUGCUACCCUUUAUAAUUUCAGCUAAUCAAUCAAAUAAUAUCGAAAAUAACAAGAAUAAGUAAAACGUACAGUUAUAAAAUUAUUUUAUAGAGCUUUGGAACGUGACGUCACUGCUCUAGGCGUAGGGAUAUGAGCGCCAUCUUGUAUGGCCAUAAACACAACUGAGAGAAACGGCUGUCUCACAGAUAUUUUCAAUAUAAGUUACUUAAAAUUAUUUAGCAAUGGUUCAAACUUGCUGCGUUAUUGGCUGUAAUGUCCGAUCACACGACCGAAAAGGUAAAAAGAUGGAAAACGGACUUUCGUUUCACUGUUUUCCUGCGUGGAAACAACGCGAGGGGGCUAAGCUAUCGGAGCUAACAAAAAGGAGACGAAUGGCCUGGAUAUCAGCGGUGAGACGUCCUGAUAUCACGUUCUCCAACAUCCCAAGAUAUCUAAAAGUUUGCUCCAGACAUUUCCAUUCUGGCAAACCGGCCUAUGAAAUGUAUGAGCUCAAUCCUGACUGGUUUCCAACGCUGAAUCUGGGUCACUGCGAGGGAAAAGCCACAACAUCGGACCGACAUGCGCGUCAAUUAAAGAGGCCAUACAGCAGCGCAGCUGAAGGCCAGGCAGCAAAAACCAUGGUAGAUCAACAAGUUACAGAAUCACCAGAAGAGGUUUUCCACGGCAUCAUGUCUGUUACUUCAGAGGUUCCAGUUGAUGAUCUUCUCAUAAACAAAGAGAGACGAAUAAAAGAGGAAGAGGAGGAACCAGAACCACGGCAAAAUAAAGCAGAAAAAAUCCAGCUGUGGGUCGUUCAGGAUGACGGACAGCUCAUCUUAAAGCGGGAGACCAGCACCUCUACAGCAACUCGUGUUUAUGAGGAAAUGUGCCACAGUGAACCAGAACUGGAGCAGAUGAUGGAGACAAAAGAGGAACCAGAACCUGUAGAGAUUAAAAAGGAACCAGAAGAUCCAGAACCUGUGAGGAUUAAAGAGGAAGAGGAGGAUUGCAAUCAGGUUAAAUAUCAUCUUGUAGUGAAGGAAGAGCCUGAAUCCUUCAUGGUGACUCCAACUAAUGAUCAAAAUCACAACAGUGAACCAGAACCAGACAAGAACCAGCCUGAAGAUGGAAGCAACCAGAACGACUCAGGAUCCAGUAGAAAUCACGGCGACAAUGUGGACAAUUCAGAACUACAAGGGCAAGAAUCCGAUUUUCACCAGUGUAACAUUUGUGGUAAACGUUUCACUAAGCCUUACUACUUAACUGCUCACUUGAAAACCCACAUGAAGGAUAAGCCGUAUUGUAAAAUAUGUGAUAAAUAUUUUACCAGGCGAUCGUAUUUGACGGUUCACAUGAGGAACCACUCAGAUGGACCUGUACAGAAACUAUUUCCUUGUGAGCUUUGUGAAAAGUCUUUCAAACGGAGUAGUCAUUUAGCGUCUCACCUCAGAACUCACACAGGUGAAAAGCAGCUGCCUUGUAAUAUGUGUGAUAAAUCUUUUACAAAGAGAAGUAAUUUAUUAUCUCAUCUCAGAACUCACACAGGUGAACAACCAUAUCAUUGUGAGCUUUGCGAUAGAUCUUUUAAACAUGGUAGUAAUUUAUUGCGUCACCUCAGAACUCACACAGGGGAGAAGCCAUACCUUUGUGAACUGUGUGACAGAUCUUUCACACAGAAAGCCUGUUUAGACGAUCACCUGAGAACUCACACCCGGGAGAGACCGUUUAGUUGUGGGUCCUGUGAUAAAUCUUUCAUACAUCAUAGUGAUCUGACCUGCCAUAUGAGAAUUCACACAGGUGAGAAACCAUAUUCUUGUAAGCAGUGUGAUCAAACUUUCAGAUGGAGAAAAAGUUUAGUUCUUCACCUUAAAACUCAUACAGAUGCGACUGAUAAAAAGCCUUAGCUAGCUGCUGCUAAACAGUCAGUACUUGCUAACUCUGCUAAAGGUGUCCACCCCAUUACUCUUGUUUGUUCGUGAAGGAAUUAGCAUCAAUAUAAUAAUGUGAGGAAAAGUGAACAAACAGUGAAUCUGAUUGGAUCCAUGUAUAUAGUGUAGAAAAUAAUGUUAGAACAAAAUGAUCUUUGAUUCUUUUCCCAGUGGGAACAUUUCUGAGCAGCCUUAGAAAGAACCUGGUGGAACUGGUUUUUCAUCAGAACUCUGACAGUAGAGCACAUCACUCACACUGAUAUACACUUAAUGAUUUAUCCAAUUUUGGAACAGCUUUUCUAAAUCAAGGUUAAAAUCCCAUUUGUUUAGAAUUGUGUUUUAUUAAUACAAACUGGAAAAUGGAUUUAUUUGAGUUUUUAUUACAAUAUUUUGUGAUUUUGAUGAAGAUGUAUAAUGUUUGUUUUCAUUGUGUACAGAAUCCUGACCUGCCUUGUCUUUUCUUGCUUCAUGUUUAUUUGGGACUUAAAAUGGAGCUGAAUUUUUUUAGAGUAAAAAUAUUUGUGUCCAAUCUGUCUGCUUAAUUUUUUCUUUUUUUCUUCUAGUGAGGAGAAACUAUAGCAAAAGUUCUUACAAAUAUUUUUAAAAUCAGUGAUUUUGAUUGCAAAAAAUUACAAAAAGAAUUGUAAAAUCCAAAAGACACUGAUUAUAAUUUAUCACUGCUUUCUGUCUUUCCUUUGUUGCAGUGGUUGGACCAGAUUGUAGCACAAUUAAUUACAGAUACACAUUAAUAUGUUAUGGAUGUAUACUUCUUGUACUAUGGAUUUUUUGCAGAAUUUAAAAACCUAAUCCAGAGCAGUAAUAAACAUCCAUUUUUAGCUGGA